GUGGUUUUCAAUCCAGGAAAGCAUCAGCAUCCUUUACCUCAAGGCUUCUGCACCGACAACAAAUAGGCAAGACAAACUCAGGAGAUUUGUCAAACUGAAACCAUGCUCUCCACUCUACAUAAAAGCAUCAAAGCAGGGCAGGCUGUCAGAGGACUGCACAAGUCAGCAGUGGGAGUCCUGAAGCGCCCGGCGGCCGAGGACACAGUCACGUCCAGUUUUGGAAAGUUCAUCAGUGAAAUCAAGCCCCAGCAUCUGUCCCCUAUCGUGCUCCACCGCAGUAAAAGGAUGGUGCUGGACAGCAUCGGAGUGGGUUUGAUCGGAAGCACAACAGAGGUGUUUGAACUGGCUCUGCAGCACUGCCAGCACAUGUACGCUCCUGAUAACAUCAGCUUUGUGUAUGGACGCAGGGGCACCAAGUUAUCCCCAACAUUGGCUUCAUUUGUUAAUGGAGUUGCGACGCACUCCAUGGACUUUGAUGACACCUGGCACCCGGCAACUCACCCCUCCGGAGCUGUCCUCCCUGCUGUGCUGGCCCUCAGUGACAUGAUCCCAGCUCACAGGAAACCUAGUGGACUGGACUUCCUCCUUGCCUUCAAUGUGGGGGUCGAGAUCCAAGGUCGUCUGAUGAGGUUCUCCAAUGAAGCUCACAACAUUCCUAAGAGGUUUCACCCUCCCAGUGUUGUGGGUACCAUGGGGAGUGCUGCAGCCUGUGCCCAUCUUUUGUCGCUGGAUCCCUCUCAGUGCAGUCACGCCCUAGCUAUAGCUGCUUCCCUUGCUGGCGCCCCGAUGGCUAAUGCCGCCACUCAGUCUAAACCCCUUCACAUUGGCAACGCUUCUCGCUUAGGGCUUGAAGCUGCUUUGCUGGCCUCCAGAGGCCUUGAGGCCAGUCCUUUAGUUCUGGAUGCUGUUGAGGGGGUGGCAGGCUUUAGUGCUUUUUAUGAAGAUUAUGUCCCGCAGACUCUGGAGUCGCCCAGUGAUAAUGGCCAUGUGUUCCUGCUGGAAGAGCAGGACAUGGGCUUCAAGCGUUUCCCUGCACAUUUGGGGAUGCACUGGGUGGCUGACGCUGCAGCCUCAGUCCAUAAGCUUCUUGUUGGAGUCAAACCUGGGAAGGUCUCCCCAUCCCAGGUCCAAGACAUCCUUCUUAGAAUCCCCAAAUCCAAAUACAUCAACAGACCUUUUCCUGAGUCUGAGCAUGAGGCACGUCACUCUUUUCAGUUCAGUGCCUGCUGUGCCCUUCUGGACGGAGAGGUGACCGUGCAGAGUUUCAGCGAAGCCGCAAUGAACCGUCCAGAGCUGCUGGCCCUGCUUAGCCGCGUUCGCCUGGAGCAUCCACAAGACAACCCCGCCAACUUCAACCUCAUGUACGGGGAAGUCCAGGUCACACUCACCGGGGGCGACAUCCUGAGGGGCCGCUGUGACACGUUCUAUGGUCACUGGCGCAAUCCGCUGACCAAUGAGAGCUUGAGAAAGAAGUUCCGAUACAAUGCCGGGGCGGUGCUGCCGUCAGACAGGGUGGAGCAGCUGAUUGAGGCAGUCGAGGACCUGGACAGACAAGAAAACUGCAGGGCCCUCCUGUCACAACUGCAAUAAAAACUAGCAUGUGAACAAGCAUUACCAAAGCCAAACUUUACUGAUGUAAAUACAGAGAAGGGGGUGGAAAAUGUUUAUUGUCAAAGCUGUGUUGCUGUUAGAAGGAUGGAACCAAUGCAACGCUAGAAUUUUUUAAUCAAAUCUGUAUUAAUGUGCAAUUACAAAGAUUUAUAGAUAUAUUUCUCACUAUAUAAACAACUGUAUUUUUUGUUGUUUGUUUUUUCUAUUGAAUUGCAUUUAAAUGUAAAAAGAAGGGGCUAGGUGCAAACUACUGUUUUGUAUUGUCUAUUUUGUUACUUAAAUUAUACUCAUAUAUUAUGUUAUCCAUAUGAAGAUGUAUAUUUUGACGGAUUUAUGGGACCAUUUUAGCACUGGUGGUAAAUAAAAAGAUCCCAAAUACAAA